AUGGUGAGAUUGUCAAACGAAAAGGACACAUGGAUGUGGAACAUCGACAUAAAGGAUGGAUUUUCGGUGAAAUCGGUUAAAAAGACGUUAAUUUCUUAUAGGGGAUCUAGUCACCUUCCUACUUAUGAAUGGAGCAAAUGGGUCCCUAUCAAGUGCAAUCUCAUGGCGUGGAGAGGUAACUUGGAUCGUCUUGCUACUAGAGUCAAUCUGAGAAGAAGGAACGUAGAGAUAACAUCGGUUAUGUGCCCUUUCUGCAACGAGUACGAGGAACCUUUGGAUCAUCUAUUCACAUCAUGUUUGAUGGCGAUUCGUGUACGGGCGACUUUCAGUGAUUGGUGCAACAUCCCUCCGAUUUUCGCUUUCGAAUUCAAAGACUUGAUGGAUAUUCAUAACUCCAACCAAGAAAGAAAAAAAGUGAAGAAAAUUUUACGGGGAUUGGUAAUUAUCACGUGUUGGUGUAUAUGGAAUGCUAGAAAUGAGUUGGUGUUUAAUCAAUGCAGGAGAAGUUCUCAAGAGAUCUUGAUAGAUAUUAAAUCGAGAGGGUUUGGAUGGCUUUAA